AACGCGGCGGGGCCGGGCGCUGAUGCAAUCGGAACCCGCAAGCAGCAGCAGCCGCGAGCAGCCGCGGCCGGGAGAGUAUCAGUUCCUUCCAGCCUCCGCUGCAACGUGUCCCAAAGCAGGCAGGCGCUGCAUGAGGGAGAGACUGACAGCCUGUAGGCGCUUCAUCCUCAUCGGUGACCGAAGGGAGCGGGGCCGUGGAGAAAGCUCUUCCUGCCUUCAUCUGGCAAUUAAUGCUCUUGCCCCAGCAUGAUGAAGGGCUGUCAGAAUGAGUGCCCAGCUGGAGGAUGUACAGGGGGAGCCACAAAGCAAGCAACUGAAUCUUUCAAGGCUGCAGACUUAAUUAUUAACCCAGCUACCACUUUCAAGGAAAAACCAAACCCCAGUGGUUUGGUGUUUGGAACUGUUUUCACAGACAACAUGCUGAUAGUCGAAUGGUCUUUGACUUCAGGAUGGGAGAAACCUCAUAUUAGGCCUCUUGAGAACCUUUCAUUACAUCCAGCCUCAUCAUCUCUCCACUAUGCUGUGGAACCAAGAGGAGAGACAGAGGAGAAUCUGGUCCCAAUGGUGUGGCUCAAUGAAUACACACUGUUUGAAGGGAUGAAGGCUUAUCGAGGAGUGGAUGGUAAAAUCCGCCUGUUCCGCCCAACGCUCAACAUGGACAGGAUGCUGCGGUCAGCGGCGCGAGCAACACUGCCAUGUUUUGACAAGGAGGAGCUCUUAGAGUGCAUCCGGAAGCUUGUGGAAGUGGAAAAAGAGUGGGUCCCGCACUCUACAUCUGCAAGCCUGUAUAUCCGCCCUACUUUAAUUGGAACAGAGCCUUCUCUUGGAGUCAAGAAGCCAACUAAAGCCCUGCUGUAUGUUAUACUGAGUCCUGUGGGCCCAUACUUUGCAAGUGGAAGCUUUAAUCCAAUAUCCUUAUGGGCAGAUCCCAAAUAUGUAAGAGCCUGGAAAGGAGGAACGGGGGACUGCAAAUUGGGAGGGAAUUAUGGUUCUUCCAUCUAUGCCCAGCGUGAAGCUAUGGAAUUAGGGUGUCAGCAGGUUCUGUGGCUGUAUGGAGAGGAUCAUCAAAUCACCGAAGUCGGAACAAUGAAUCUUUUCCUGUACUGGGAAAAUGAAGAUGGAGAAGAGGAACUGGCAACCCCACCGUUAGAUGGCAUCAUUCUUCCUGGAGUGACGAGGCAGAGCAUCUUGGAGCUGGCACGCAAGUGGGGAGAAUUUAAAGUGUCUGAGCGGUACAUCACCAUGAGUGAUCUGACAGCUGCCUUGGAGGAAAACAGAGUGAAGGAGAUGUUUGGUGCUGGGACAGCUUGUGUCGUAUGCCCUAUUUCUAAAAUAUUAUACAAAGGCAAGAAUUUGCACAUUCCAACUAUGGAGAAUGGACCUCAGUUAGCAACCCGCUUCCUGAAUCAGCUGACUGAUAUCCAAUAUGGAAGAGAAGACAGCGAAUGGACACUCCUGGUGUCAUGAAUGCAGAGUGGCGGGGAUCAGACCUUCUGUACUCUACCCGACAGGCCAAACCAUUACACCAGAACAAUCGCCGAUUUUCUGUAGCUGCCUGUUUAGAGCUGUGCGUAGGGUAGUCAGUGUUCUCCCUUUCCUCCCCAGGGUGAUUGUUUCCACAUACCAGGGAAUGUGAACACAAUCAUUAUGAUUGAUACCAUAGUCUUGCUAAUAGAAGCCUAUCUUCUUGUUAGAGGUGCUAGAUGUAAGCAAUAGAACUGUCCCAACUGUUUUCUUUGUGCCUCCUUGUGUCUUAUGUACAGUCCAAAAACUUGUCAAAUACUCUUCAACUGCUCUUCAGUGUAAGCCACGGUGUUUUUUCAACUGCCACCACUACCGGAGCAGACUGCCAUAUAAAAAAAGUUGCCCAUUACUUAGGAGAACAGUUACUAUCCUUUAGUCCUAUUUCAUUUGCAUCCUCAGGCAAUGGAUUGUUUUUCUCUGUUACUCCACUUGUGUGGGAGGUUCCUCGCUGCAUUCCCAGAGCCCUGAGGAGCCCCUGUUUUUUAUUCUGCCAACAUCAUACCCUCACCUUUUAGGCCCCAAGUCAGAGCAACCGCUCCUUUAGAAUGAUGAUGAAUUGGGGGAAAUCCCUUCAGAGCCCAGCAACAGCACUCCUAAAUCAGCUUACAAGAGCUAGUAGUGAUCUUUCCCCACCCAAGGCUUUACAGUGCUCCCUGGCCUGGCUGGCCCACUCGUUUCUUAAUAUGAUCUUUCUAUUUUUCUGAAGAGGCCAUGGCUUUCCAGUAUGGGUUCUCCUACAUCUUCCCCUGCUUGCCAGUGGAAAGUGCUCAGUGCAGGAGAACAGAGGGAUUUCGUUCACCCUUUGUCAUUCUGCACUACCAUGUUCCCUUACCUCUUCAUACACCACUUGACUCAAGAUACACUCUCUUGUUGCUAUUUGGAAGCAGAUACAGAGCUGUUAGCUCGCAAUUAGGAAAAUUAAUAACUUCUGCACCUUUUCUUUAAUCCUUAAAUAUGCCACCAUCCAUAUAAGCUUUCUCAUCUAUGCGCACACUUUUCUCAACUAGUUUUAAGAUGUCUCUUGCCAAAAAGGAACUACAGUAUUCUGUAGCAAUACUCCAAAAUGCUAGGGGCCUGCUUCUUCUGUUACUCUGGCAUAUAACUGAUGUAACUUCAUAGCUGUCAAUGGAGUUACACCUGCAUAAAAUCAAAUCCUACAUUUUACACUAGCCAUACAGCAGUAUUUUGGGAACUAACUAGUAUUUUUUUAAUAAGGGGGGAAGAGUUUCUCUCCCACACUUUCUAACAGACCCCACCUCUAACUAGCAAUUGCUAACACAAUGUAAAAUAUACUAAGCAUCAUCUCUAAUGGGCAGCCCCCUGUUUUAAGCCACCACUUAAAAUUAUCCACAGGGGUUUCUUGUACAAUAUUUGGUCAAACAUUAACCCUCAGUCUCUACUAGGCCAUCAUUUUCUGCUGGUCCCAUGAGUGGUGAGUUAGACACAUCUUUCUGUAGUCUCUUCUGAUACCUUAUUGAAGAACAGUUGAAGGUUACCAGUGACAAUUGUUCAGAGUGAGUUGUUGGACAGUGUUCUAUUUAGACUAUACCUACAAGCACAAAAUGCUAUUUCAUUUAUGGUAGCAGUAGUACUCUGCUCUCUGUUCUCUGUUCAGUUUCUUGCGAUGUAUCAUAGGCCACUGUUAGUUUGUUGGUUUUUGUUGGUUUGUUAUUCAUCUACUGGAAAAAUUAACAUGGGGGACACAUUGAGAUAUGAUGUGGGGUAAAAGCGUUUUUCCAACAAGGCAAGUACCACAACUGGAGUGCCUUUGACUAGAGUGUGUGUCACAGAACUCAUACAAGGUUACAUCAUGAGUGAGACUAAAUGGCUUCCUAUUGCUGGACUGUAACCUGUUCCCUCACGUUUAGCUUAGAUAAUUGUCUUUGAUAGCAAAAGUCUAGGUGGUUCGGUUUAACGAGAUGCCUGGGGAAUUGGAUGUGCUACUCCCAUACUUGAGAUAUCAAUAGUAUUAAAAGAAGUUGCAAAUCAAAUUCCCCAUGGACAGUGCUGACAGUAAUCUACUCACAAGUCAGAGUGAAGAAAUGAAGACCAGUUACAAUGAUUGAUUUAGAGUGGUUGACUCCUUAAAGAGGUGAGUGAAACUGUUCUUAAAUCAGACUACAAUAAUUUUAAGUGGGGCUUGACAUUGGCCUGUACUUGGGGUGGUCUACACUGACUUUUGGGGAGACCUGAGUUAGACCUCCUGUCUUACCUCUUCACCUCUUAUACUGCUGGAGACCUCAAAAGUGCAAGGGCUAACAGAGGACAAAAUUGGAAGGUCCACAAAAAUCUGAGCUAUUUCCUAGAGAAAAAGUGAAACCAUGUGGAGCGCUCCCAGUCAGCUGGUGUCACCUCUGUGAAUACUUUUGCUCCCUCUUAAUGAAUUCAAACAGCCUUGAUUAUUUUCAUUCAGGCUCUGGGUGAAUAGGUUCCAGGUUUUAAACAUUAUAUACUAAAUAAACCAGCAGAGUAUUUUGAUCUUGCAUGACAAUCCUGUGUGGAAAUACAUAGCCUGUGUUCUGCAUCUGUAUUAUUUUAUCCUUUUAUCAUAAAAUUCCAAGAAAUAACAUUUGUAAAUAACAGUGAGCACUUGAGAGAUACUGUGUUCUCCUUAUUUUAGCCCAUAAAGUUUAGGAAGGAACCAUGCUAUUCCCUGAGCUGAUAGAUUGUAAAAGAACAUCUGCACAUCUCUUUUCCAUGAGCGCUAUUUGUUUAAUUGUAGCAGAUUAACAUAGAAAGGCUAUGGUACAUCAUAACUAGGCAAUUAUCCAUUCUUCAUCACUUAGUUAUGGUUACACUAAUUGAUCAUUUAAGAAAUAAGAUAGUCUAACAUUAGGAACAUUUGAGGCUGUUCAGAAAAGAUCAACAAAUUAAUAAUUGUGUGAUAUUUGCAUAAUUGGCUGCAAUUAUUUAAUGUUUAAUUGGGUUGAUCAAAUGCGAUUCAGCCUCUCACAUGUGUAUGCUUUACAAACAGUGGUACUUUAAAAUGAUAAUGAUGAACUAUAAUUUUUGCAAGUUCUUUCUUUCCCCCACUUCAUUCUUUGAUUAUUAUUUUCAGCCUUGAGCAUGUUCCUAAUUUUCAGUUUAGUUUCAGCUAUUCUUCUGUCGGGAAAAAAGUCCUAAAAAUGAGAUCCCAUUUCAGAGGUCCACAAAAACUAGUGUUUUAUACAAACCUUGAUGAUGCAGGAGUUGUGGAAUUAGCAGCUGUCACUGCAUUGCCAUAUUCGUAAUAGCAGUUCAGGGUAAAUACACCCAGGGGUAACAAUUAUUUAUUCUAGUGAGAACUCUGGCAAAGGAUCCUCAGGGUAGAAAGUCCAUCCAGAGGAGGUUGUGGCAGCACAAAGCAAAAGUAAUUUCCUUGCCCGGGGAGUUAGGAGGGCAGCAAGGACCAAAAAAUGGGAGAUGUUGGCCAGGGGGACAUGGCCAUUGGAUGUUCUCACUCAAUAUAAUCUUCAACAGCGUCCAUGAGAAGGAUUCCCAGAAAACCCCAGCCAUAAGCUAAGUCUGCCCACAUCCCCGAGCAGAAAUCCCUGAGGGACCGCAGUGGCAAUACCACCUGCCCUUUUUCUGGAUGAAUCACCACUGGAGUGCAGGGAGAUAUAAUUGAACCUUCCCUGCCUAAGUGCUGGUGAUUCUCUUGUCCUUAUUCUAUAUUACACCUGGAGAAUGGCAAUCUGAAAAAUAGGGCAUUUGAAAGGUAAGGGUUCAGCAUGUGCUGGUGGGAAUGGACACACAAUAGGGUGUGUCCACACUUCAAGUUAGAGGUGCAAUUCCCAGAUUGAGGAGACAUACCCAUGCUAGCACUGAUAGAGCUAGCAUGCUAAAAACAGAGUGUAAGCCGCGAUGGUGGGAGCAGCAGGAGGGGCUAGCCAUCCGAACAGAGGCCCAGGGUCUUAGAAGGGAUUGUACACAGGGAAGCUAGCUCCUUAAACUACUACAGCUGCGCUUCUGUUUUUAGCAUGCUAGCUCAGUCAGAAUUAGUGUGGGUAUGUCUCAUUGAGCUGCGAGUCGCACCUUCAGCUUGAUGUGCAGACAUACCGAUAUGUGAACCAUCCCUCGUGUCCAAGCGACUGGUAGUGGGCAAGGCAGAAGGGGCAAGAGUUGAGAGCUAUUUCACAGACCCAUCACCAGUGGGGAAGGAGAGGAGGGACUCUUGUCCAGUGUUAUCUAUAGAGCAACCUAUGUAAUCUCCUCAGAUCACUUAGCCCCUUUCCUUUGCUUCAGUAUGUAACAAUGCAACGUCCUAGAGCAAAUGUUGCAAUGCCCUGUCAGAGCAUGACACAGUGAUUGAUCUUCCAGGCCUCGCUCAGACUCCUUUCACCUCUUCAUGACCCUGCAUAUAGUGCACAGAGGAGACAGGCCCAAUAAUGAGAGAAAAGCAGCAUGCAGGUGUGUGUACUUGUAUCACAGUGUAGGUCUAUGCUGCAAUAAAAAAACUACAGCAAGUCUCAGAGCUGGGGCCAACUGACUUGGGCAUGUGCUCCAGGGCUAAAAAUAGCAGUGCAGAUGAUUGGACUGGAGCCUGGGACCCUCCCCUGUCACCAGGUUACAGAGCCCAAGCUCUAGCCCAAACCCAAACUUCUAUACUGCUGUUUUUAGCUGAAAACGCAAGCCCCAUGAGCCGAAGUCAGCUGACCCAGGCUCUGAGACUUGUUGCUGUGGGUCUUUUAUUGCAGUGUAGGCACACCGGCAUUCCAGAUACCUAAAGCAGGGCUAAUACUGAAGACUUACCCAGAGAUGGGGUGGGUUCUCCAUCACUUGGAAUCUUUAACUCAAGAUUGGAGGUGUCUUUCUAGAAAAUAUGCUGUAGCUCUGCCAGAGGUUAUGGACUUGAUGCAGAGUUUACUGGAUGAGCUACAGCCUAUGCUGUGUAGGAGGUCAGACUAGAUGAUCAUAACGGUUCUUUUUGGCCUUAAAAAUCUAUUUGUAAGAAGUUUGUAUUUAUAGCUCCCCUGGGCAGUCAGUGUCUGUGCUUUCAGUCAUCGCCUGGGUCUUUCUCCCCCUCACCUAUUUUGCAAGUAAUGUUGGUACAGGUAGGUGCCAGCUUUUUCCUUUCCCUGGGGUGCUCAACCCCUGCUUAGGGCACAGGCCCUACCCCCACUCCACCCCUUCCCCCACACCUCUGCCCAGUCCCUGCUCCUCUCCCCCCUGCGCUUCCUGCAUGCCGCAGAACAGCUGCUCACAGGAGGCGCUGGGAGGGAGGGGGAGGAGUAGAUUGGCGGAGCUGCCUGCAGGUGGGAGAUUCUGAAGGGAGGAGGAGAAGUUAAUCGGCAGGGCUGCCAGUGGGUGGGAGGCACUGGGGGGAGGGAAGAACUGGCUGCUGGUGAGUGUUAAGCAUCUGCUAAUAUUUUUCCAUGGGUACUCCGUGGGGCUAAAUUUUAGCACAGUCAGUAACUCAUAUUAAUGGGGCCUUUGCAGUUAAUUCCCUAUGGUGCUGGAAAGGCAAUUUCUUUCGCGCUGAAACAGAUUUCUGGUCAAAGAGUGUGGAAGUCAUUAAAGAGCAGCAGAAUGAGGAAAAAGGUGAUGGGCUUUUAUCUGCACAAUACAUUUUAUUGCAGGUGUUUUACUCAUCCCAGUCUGGAAACCUCUUCUUCCAAAAUACUUUUAUGAAAACUUUUAAACCUCUAUUUCCUUACAAAUGGUCAGCCUCUAGACAAGAACAUGCAGGGCAUUCCAUUAAUUCAAAUUCUAUUAAAUAUAAUGAACAAAAACAUCUUUAGUCUAAAGUGUAAGUCUGGGCUCUCAUGGCCUUCAUGAAAUGCAAAAUAUACCUCUGAAUUCUGAUUUCUUUCCAUGUAUUUAACCAAAUUAUAACUGAAAGCUGAGUAGGCUAUUAAUACCUGGAGCAUAACACAAAACCCUAGCCAAAAACUUUUUACCCUGAGUUCUUUGAUUCCAUUUGCAAAAUGGGCCACAUAUUAGAAAGGAUGGGAGUCUGAGCAAAGGCUGAGGAGCCACAUACUCCAGAGUUUCAGUUCUGGCUCUGACAUUAAGUCUGCAAUCAUGGGCAAGUCAUCUAGCCUCUUUUUGACUCCACUUGCCCACCUGCAAAAUGGAAAUAGUGCAACCUAACUGAUUGGUGGUGUGAUCUCAUAUUUUUGGCUUGGGGGGCAUGGGAGAAAUCUUAAAAAGUCUGCCUUGUUAUGAGCACAGAAGCUGGGAGCUAGGAAGACAUUUCCUCAUAUAGGAAGGUUAUCCCGUAACUGCAUUCAUAAAGGAACAUGAGUAUUAGAAUCGUCCUACCUAUUCCUUUAUUAAACAUGGUGUUUAUUAGCCUAGGUUCCAAUAUAUUUUCCCUGACCAGGAUGGAAAAAUCUGACAACUGUAUUAGCCAAACCAUGCUAUAGGUGUCCCCAAUUGCACAGAUGGGGACUUGAUUGUCCAUUGUCCUUGUGCAGUCAUUUACACCAGUGCAAAGUAGGUGGAAAAAUGCUACCAAAUCAGACAGGUCAUGCUUUUUGGUCUGUGGCACAAUUGCAAAAGUCAUUUCUCAGACACAAAAAAACCCAGAAAACCCUCUGCCCCCAUGGGCUAGAGAACCAUGCUAGUACCUUACUAGCACCAAUCAUGUUGAAACACUCUGCUGGUGCCAGUGUGGAUAGACCCAUGUGACUCUCCUUUAAUCUGAAGGAAGACCUGUGUUGAAAUACACAAAAUAAAUCCCCCCACCAAAAAAAGAAAGAAUAGAAAGAAUCAAUGUUUUGGGGGAUAUAUUUAUUCUGGGUUUGCUCAUUUAAAAAAUUGUGAUUUUAAAAACCAGACACUAUCAGUCAUUUUUUACCUGAAUUAUUAAGGCCAAGAUAUUAAAAUUGGGCCCUAACAGUCAAUGGGAGCUGCUGGGUGCUAAGCACUUAUGAAAAUUUGGCCAUUUUUUCAGGAGUCCAGAUAAAGAUUCAGGAGUCUAACUUUAGGUUUUGGAAGUUAUGUUGCCUAAAUGUUUAGAAUUGCUGGCUGGGUGAGGUUAUUGUAAGAAAAGAGACUAAGACUUUGAAGAAGAAAGUAACCAUGAUUUACAAAUGCCUGUACAAUUCUUUGUAAUAACCCCCAUGGGGAAUCACUUAUGUUAAUGACCAACUAUGUCUUUGGAAAAAUAUUAAGUAAAAUAUGUUCUCUUUCCAUCCAUACAAUAGUUAGUCCUCUUGGUACAUUUAAGUCUGUUUUAGAACUUGAUCCUGCCAGGUGCUUAGCAGUGGACUUAAGUGGGAGCUGAUGGUGCUCAGCAGCUAUCGGAGAUACUUGCCAUCCAGCAGGAUCAGACACACUGAAGGCGUCGUCAGAUCUAGUACAUCUGGCGUAACUGUAAAAGUGAUUGAGAUAAGAAAAGAGGAGCCUCUGAUAACUUUCUGUACAGGAAUAUUUACAAACUUUUGGUUUUCUUUUUAAAAUAUACAUGGAUUUUAAAAUAAUUUGGUUUAAUUUUUUUUUUAAAUUCCCCAGCAACCCCAAACCCACCCAUAAUCUUUAAGAAGUUUCCAGAAGAAAAGCAAGCAAUGGCUGUGACACUUUCUUAGGGUACCCAGGACUCUGAGUCACAUUGUUACCCUGCUGCAUCCAGCAUGAGGAAGUCUUUCUUAUGGUAGCUGGCUCUCAGCUCCCUGUCACUGCCAGCCCUUCAGCCAUUCAAACACUCUCCUCUGGGCUCUGCUGGCCCUUACUUUGCCUUGCAGGUUAACAAUAGGUACAUCCCAGUCCCUGAGCCACUCCAAAAGCAUCCUCCUGAUAGUGUCCAGCCCCUGUCACGGGACACUCUGUAAUUACGAGGAUUGCAACUCCCAAGGGAAUAGAACACAAGUACCAGCUUGUUUGAUUCAACUGAGUACAAGCUCCAAUCCAAGAGCACAGCACUGUAAUCUAUUAAUACUCAAAACAAAUAUAAAUUUAUUAAUAAAGGUAGAGAUUUAAGAGAUAGCGAGGAACGGUAAUAAGAGCCAAAGGUUACAAAUAAAAGUAUAACACACGUCUGCUAGAUUAAAACUUAACUGUAGUCUAAAAUAGUCUCUCACCUCAGCUUUUUCUGCAGAGUUGCUGGUUUCAGUCAAGCCAGGAUCCAAAACAUUCAUGAAUCACACACCCCCGCCUUCCCCUCCACCAAGGGUGUUCCUCAGUGACGUGGAUAACAUAGGGGUCCUUUUUCCUUUCUCUUAUACCUCAAAGUUGGUCUUUGCCCUCCUGAGACAAGACAACCCCCGGUGGUUCUAGUCUUUGGUGUCACCCCAUGUUGCCGUCACAUCCUCGAGUUUAUUUAGAAUACGAAUGUAGCUCCUAUUGUGUUUGGCUUCCAAUGAUUUUCAGUCAAUACUAAGUGCUAGCGGGAGGUGCCAGGGUAAAGCCUUCUGUCCCCAGGACAGGUACAGCAAGGGCAGUGACAGAAUAACCUUCUCCUGCAGUGCUCCACCGCAGUACGUCAGUCUUGUUCUGGGGUCCGCAUAGUAUUUCUAGGCCCAUUCGGCUCUGAGAACAAGACUGUCAAUUAGUGCCAAAUGUUGGAGUGAUGAUUUACGAUGUGACCCGCUAUUUGGGAAAGUGCUGAUCACAAGCUGAAGUGCUCAAAGGUAUGCACAUGCUUUCCUGAAUCAGAGCCUGACACCUUAACUGAGACCAGCAACUCACUUCAUAUAGGCCACCAAACAGAGUCAGGUGCUAGAGUCAAGCCAACCCUCGAAGAGGAAAGGUUCCAUAUCUUUUUCAAAUCCCACGCCCACAAAACCUUUCUGUUAUCUAACAUGCCAGCAGCUGGCGAGGGCUCAUGAUAAGGGGAGAAUUAGAUAAUUGUUAACUAUGGUCAUCCCUUAAUUUAAGAUGGUGCCAAGAAAUUAAUCUCUUUCCUCUCCAGCUUUCACAUCCUAGUGGGAUUGCCUGGGCUGCUGCCGUAUAAAUUGACUGGAUAUUGAAGGGUCUUUAUCAUGAUGAGCAGUAAUAGGGGUUUUAUAUGAAGCUAUGUUAAAGCAUUUUCAUUAGCGUGGUAAGUUUGGGUCGAUGAAUGCCUCAGUCAAAUCAGUUUCUGAAUUGGUUAUUAAUGUACGAUAGAAAUAGGUGGAAUUCUGGCGUUUUAAGUUGGAGAAAUUGUCAACUUAAACAGGGAGAAAUAAACCCCUCUGAAGAGUCUCUGCUUUCAUAAAUGUUCAAGUUAACAGGAUAUUUUACCAAGAGCCAAGCAUAUAAAAGUAUUAAGGGAACAGAUGUGUGGGGGGAAAAUAUUGGGUAAAGGAAACUCUACCUCAUCCUUCUUUAAAGGUUUCGUAGAAGCACAAUUAAACACUCCUCAUGGCAUUGUUAUACACAAACCAUCUGGCAUGAAAGAAACACUUUAUAUUUGUAUGUCUAAACUUCCUGUUAUAACUGUAUUUUGCUGGCAAUAGAAGCAGUCUAUAUCGUUUGCAGUUUCCUCAUCAGAUCUGUAAUUAUGCAGUGUUUCUGGUUUCAAUAAAGGGAUUUAAUGGC